AUGCUAUCGCUUCAGUUCGUUGCCAUCGUUAUGGCUGCUGUCCUAAGCCAAGCCUCUCCUCUGGCGCUUCCGGGCAAUGAUACCACUCUCAAGGAGCGGCAGUUCGAGUGUGCUGCAUGGAGCCGGGUACUAGAAGCUGUCGGCGACGGUGACCCGCAUCAGGUCUGGUUCGACAAGCAGGUCUCGGUAAGCUCGAUCUUGGCCUCGCGAAAAUAUGCUCACUGCUGAUUGUUAUCACUCUUGUAGGAGACUGUCACGUGCAGUCCAGAUCCCGAAGACGACUGCCAGUCAGGGGUUGGUAAGGAAUGGUCUGUUACCCUCGAGGCGGACUUAGGUCUCGCGUCUGAGGAGAGCUGGAUCAACGGCGGAUUCUCUGUGGCAUAUACAUGGGGAUCAAGCAGCUCUGAGGUCUGUGGCUCUCACUCCGCAGGACGCAAUGUAUGCAUUUGGUACAGCCAAGCUUUCACCGCAGUAAGUAUUCUGCUCGAGGCUCGACCGACUUACUUGACUUACGAAACGUAGUAUACCGUACAGGCGUUCGAGUCCAAUGCAUGUACAGGCAGGAGAAAGGUCGGGGAUCCAUUCGUAAUUACCAGUCCCAACAAGGACAAUGUAGGAGGUGAAGGCUUUUACUGUGUCGUCGGUACUUGUAGGACCAAUGGCCAGGGCUACUGGCACGGAAGUGUUCCUGGUGGCGACCGUAUAGGUCCUUACAUCUCCUCUUAG